AAGAUGGAUCGGGUAUCACAACUACAGGAGCUCCUAGACAAGACAGUUCAAGACUUUGCUAAGGCGCUGGGGAGGUUGCAAUUCGAGACACCGCCAGUUGCUGUAGAUCUCAACACUCCAGUAACCUUCCUUUCAGAGGAACAACUCCGCAGCAGCCAACAAAAUAAGACAGCCUUUAUCCAGGAAACUGCAAAAGAUAUGAUUCUCUCAGUUAAGGCUAUGGACUACCUCAUCGAUAAUCUACCCGCGAUUAAUAUGACCCAAGACGACCAGAACGCGCGAUUGCGGGAUUUAAACGAAGAGAGUAAAGCGGCAACGAUAGAACUUCAGGAAGCGGUGGACGAAGCUGCGGAAAUACUAAGGGAAAUCAGAGAUACAAGAGAUUUCCUGGCUCGACAGAAAUCGCUUGUAACAGAUGAUGAUGGGGCUGGUAGCUAAUACCGACGGCGUCACAAGUCCUCUUACUUUGUAAAUAUCGGUCGGUCAUGUAAAUAAUGGCACAACGCCCGCGAAAAGUAAACGGAGAUCGAAGGCGAUUGAACAACGGCGGACCAGUAGUACGCGUACUCUUUCUUUUCUAUGUAAACAAUCAAAACUAUCUUCAAAUAUCAUCACAAUGUAUCGAA